AUGGGCACUAGCUUCAAACACAUUUCUUUAGACGUUAUGGGAGCAUUUGGUUUUGGGCAAUCAUUCAACCUACAAACAUCUACCGAGAACCAUUUUCUUUCAGGGAUGAUUGCUGGAAUAUUAACCAGAGGGGGAGUUUUACUCCAAUGUCAAGCUUUUCAAAAAAUCAGAAUCGAAAGAUUCUACAACCGGAAAGUCCAUACGGCGGUUAUGAAAUAUCACUCUACGGUGAGUAAGCUGGUUGCAGAUAGAUUGAAGCAAAAUAAGAACGCAAAGAGUGAUUUAUUUUCUUUCAUUUUCGAUGCACAGUAUUCGAAUAAUGAUAAACAUGAAGAUAAUGAAACGAUGACGGUUUCGGAAUUAUUUACUGAGAGAGGAUUUUUACUUGCUGCUGGUUCUGAUACAUCCUCAACGACUCUCUCCGCCCUUCUCUUCUACCUCUCUCGAUACCUAAAAUGUUACGAAAAAGUCACCACAGAAAUCCGAUCUACCUUCUCCUCCCUCUCUGAAAUUCAUAGCGGCCCAAAGAUCACCUCUCUCAAGUAUCUACGCGCUUGUAUUGGAGAAGCUCUCCGUAUGAGUCCACCCCUCGGCUCCGCACUCUGGAGAGAAUUUCGUUCUGGAGGUAUCACCAUAGAUGGCGAGUUUAUCCCUGCAGGCUACGAUAUAGGAUGUGCAGUCUAUGCUGUGCAGCACAAUGAAGGCUAUUUCCCCCAUUCCUUUGAAUUUCAACCCGAGCGCUGGAUAGUAUCAGAACGAAAUCCGCAGGAAAAAAUUGAGGAGAUGAAAAUGGCAUUUGCACCAUUUAGUUUGGGACCGAGAGGAUGUCCGGGGAAAGUGAUGGCGUAUAUGGAGAUGGGGAUUAUGAUGGCGAGGAUGGUGUUUUCUUUUGAUUUUAGGAGGCCAGGGGAUGGGGGGUUGGGACAGGUGGAUGAAGGGGUGCUGGGUAAUCAGGGGGGAGGGGAAGAGUAA